AUGGGCCCAGAGAUGGAAUCAUUCGCCAAGAUGCAACUGGAAAACCAGCGCAGACUCCCUUCAGAUAUCACAGGGCUGGAAGAGCUUCUAGAUUUCGACGGUAUGAGGCAAGACGCGAAUAGGAUAUUUCGCGAAGGCGAUUACAUGACCGCAGUAUGGAAAUACGUGACCAAUUGGUCAAUGUUUCUCCCCUGGCAUGUUGAUGCUUUCCCGAGCACAAAUCCCCUGCGACCCAAGCUGGGCGAAGCCGAGGCUUCUCUCUUCAACAACAUAUCCGCAUGCCUUGUGAAGAUAUCUGAGGAGGCCAAAAAGUAUGGACGAAACGACUUCGGUAACUUUUACAUGGACGCAGCUUUCAAGACGUCAUGGGUGGCCCUUGACUUGCGCGAAUUCGCCAAAGUCAGGACUGUAUACAGCUCAGCUAAACGGUCUCUGAGCUUGAUCCGUAAACUUUUUGCGGUCACCCCCAGUCCGAACGUCACCGCCGCCAAUAUCGAAGCUAUGUGCGCUUACUACGCUGUUCAAGCGAAGAUUCUGGAGAAUGUCAACAAGGAUACCAUGUUCAAGGAUUUGUCCCCGGACAAGAAAAUCCCUUGGCCUUCUUUUGAUGACUAUUGGGCUAUGGGUCCCUUUUGUUGGGGUACAACACACGGCUUGGUACAUGUCAACAAGGAUCCGGUACUAGAGGCGAGGCGAGAAAGGAAUCAGCCGAGAACCCUCACAGAAGAAGAGCUUUGGGCAAUUUGGACAGAAAAUGUCCCAGUGCCAACAGAGCCUCUCGAGUACCGCCAAUCUGCUGACGACUAUCCCGAAUUUCGUUUCUGCUACGACAACAUGCCUAUCGGCCGGGUUUACGAAACGCGACAUAUAUGCCGGGCCAAGCGAGAGGUGUACGAAGUGAUCUUCCGGGCUUGUCGAGAUGACGUGUCAGGAGAGGCAUUCGAGCAUGUCAUGAGAAGUCAGAGGGAGCGAUCCGUCACGAGUCAUCCUUGGGGCGCGAGGCUCAACGCUGCAGUGGCAAAGAAGGAGGAAGGGACCGAGUAA